UAAUCUGUUUGCUUCUUCAACCUUUUGUCCCUUUUGAGAUUUCUCUGUACGCCUUUUGUUACCCGGGUCCUUUUAGAGAUCCCUCAGUAUGCCUAUUUUUUUCCUGUUUUAUCUCAGAUUUGCUUUGCAUGCCUCUAUUUUACCUGUUUCCUUCUAGAAAAGCCUCAAUACACCUCAAUUUACCUUACUUCUUUUAGAAAUUCCCUAGUGAUAUUUAUUUUACGUGGCAAAUUGGCAUUUACUCUAUACGCCCGUUUAAUCAUGCACUUUAAGAGAUUCAAUGGUAUGUCUCGAUUUAACUGUCUCAAUUUAGAGAUGACUUUUUAAGGAAACCUGUUUAAAAUGUUUUCUUUUAUAAAUUCCUCCGUAUGCAUCAUUUUAUACUUCCUAGUUUAAGAGAAUCUCUGUAUGCCCUUUGACCUGUUCCUCUCAAAGACACUGUACCCGUGUUAUUUUACAUAGAUUUCUCUCUGUAUGCCUAUUUUUACCUUUUCCCUCGCUGGGUUCCCAUGAAUAUCGUUUAACCUGUUUCGUUUCGCAGAUUUGUCCGUACGUCUAAUGUUACCCCUGUUUGCCCAUUUCACGUGUUUUCUUUCACAGAUACCUCUGUAUGAUUCAUAAUUCUUGUUUGUCCCCCUCCCUUAACCAUUCUUCUUCCCGUUUCAUUUUAGAGAUUCUUUUUAUGCCUCUUUUAACGCGUCCUGUUAGAUAUUCCUAUGUAUCUCAUCCCUCUUUUUUACCUGCUCCCUAUUAAAGAAUCCUCUAUGUAUCUUUUUUCACCUGUUCCUUUUUGUAGAGCUUUCUCUACAUGGUCAUUUUAUAAUGAAAACAGGUCCUUAAUCUACCCGUUUUAGUCUAUGUAUUUUAUAUUUCUCAUUUUACCCGUACCAUUUUAGAUACGUUUGUCCGUUUUUGUGUUUCCAUUUAAAGAUUCCUCUGUGUCAUUCAUUUUACACAUUUCUCUUUUUUAGAAUCCUCGCUCUGUGUCAUUUUACCUAUUCCCUUUCUGAGAUGUCUCUGUAAGCCUUUAACUGUCUCUGCAGACCCAAUUUUACCUGUCUCCUAUUAAAGGUUCCUUAGUAUGCUCCAGUUUUACCUACCUCCUACUUCCUGGUUAAGUGUAAACUCUGCAAUCGAUAUUUGAAAUUAAAAAUAGUACAAAUAUAUCCAUUCAAAAAAGUAAAAUAUCAGGUGUCGAGAGCUUUUUAGAUUUAGAAGAUAUAAAAGAUCUUACAUUUUCAAAGCUUAUUCUUUAUAUUUUUGCAGUUGAGAGUUGUAGAACAUCAAAAUACAUCAUUAGAUAUAUUUGAAAACAAUUGAUUCGUGUGAUAUACAAAACAAUACUAUUUUUCCAGCUUUGAAGUUUGAAAACUGUCUUCAAGAGUUUAGAUUACUUACAAGUUAAAACAAUGAGAACCAAAUUUCUAAUGGUGUGUUUGUUUGUGGUGAAUCACGUGGUUCUACAGAAUGCUCAGGAGAUCAGCGGGGACAUUCUGGCCAGUGAGUUAGAUAAAGUAGCAGAUUCCAUGGGAUAUUCUUUUCUUCAGAAUGAGUACAACAAGCUGCGAUACCAGGACACGAGAACUGAUGGCAAAAAACAAGUUCGAGAGAUUGCAGGCAAAAUUGGUGGACGAAUGAUAGAAGUAAACAAUGCCUUAAAAAAGCUGAAGGAAGCGGUAGAGGAGGACCAGCUAUCAUCUGAUAAUGUCCCUCAGGACUGCUGUGUGGACAGAGAAUAUCAGGAAAACAUCCGCUUCAGAACAAAAGUGUCCGAAGACACAUUUUGCUACAGCAGGCCUUCCUAUACUGAUAGAGAUAACCUGAAAUAUCCGUCCUCUAAUCUGUUGGAUGUCAUGAAGACCAACUUAGAUGUAAAGCAUCUACAAUUCCAGUACAUUGGACUGAAAUCUGGUCUUUACAUUAAUUACCCGGCCACAAAACUGACAGACUGCAAUACCUAUGACCCACGAUUCAGACCCUUCUAUGUGUCCACCACAACAACUAUCCCAAGGGACGUAGUUGUAGUAUUAGAAACGUCAUCCGCCAUGAGGGGAGAUAAACUGUUUGAAGCCAAGCAUGCUGUGAUAACAGUGAUGGAAACUUUGGGGGUAGAAGAUAGAUUUGGAUUGAUUGUUUUCAACGACGAUGCAAAAGCAUUGGAAGAAUGCUACGAGAACCAACUUGUUCCAGUGACCAGUGCCACCACAAAAAGUUUCCGAGAUUUUCUGACCUCCCAAGUAGGGGAGGGUGGAACAGAUUUUACCGCUGCCCUCCGUAAAGCAUUUAUGUUUUUCAAGGCAAAUAUGAGUGCAGAAGAGAAUAACCGAGACAACAUCCUUUUGUUUGUUAGUGCCGGAGAACAUCAAAAUGAAAAAGGUAAUCCUUUGGAAGUUAUCCGAGAGGAAAACGAGGCGCUUCAAAACAGAGUUGUGAUCAACACGUUUGGCAUAGGAACAGGUCUAAGCAGUGAUGAUAAAGAACUAUUAAGGAAUAUGGCAGAGCAGACAUUGAACAAUAACUCAUAUGGUUAUGUAAAAAGAGGAAAAACAACAUUCUUCCCAAACAAUGAGGACAUCUCCCUUCGUGAGGCCAUGGGGACCUACUACGAUUAUUUUAGCGUACCAAUAUCACUAUCCCCCACCUACACACAACUUUACAAAGACUUCUUCUCCAAUGAAUCAAUCAUCACGGGUUGUCUGCCUAUUGCGUUAAAUGGAGCUUUUUCUGGUGUUGUGUGCGCAGACAUUUUGAUCAGUGAAUUAGUGGCAGAGAUUUUGUAUCUCCAACAAGAGGAAUUUUCCUAUGGAUUUAUUAUGGAUGGCGAGGAACGGACGCUGGUUCAUCCACUUCUUCCUGAUCCUCGCGACGUCGAAGCAAAGGAACAGGACAUCAACAACAUCUACAAUUUUGAGACUUCCGGUGAUGUGUCAGAGGUCAUCGACUCAAUGAAAAAGGGUCUAGAGAACCUGACAACUUUAGAAACAACAAUAAUAUAUGCUAGAGGGGAGAAAUAUUAUGACGGCGAUUCCCAACGCAAUAUAAAGGCUAUUUUCUAUUGGACCCCGAUUGUUGCGCCAGGAAGCAAUUUUUCAUUGUGUAUUGUGAUGGAAGAAAACAACGUGGUGAGGAAUAUAGACGUUCCAACCCAACCAUCUAAUGACGACUUUCUUUACCAUCGAUGGGAUUUGAACAAGUGGCCAGGUCCAUUCUGUCGACACUUUAGUCGAUAUGCUAAUCAAGGCAAAACUACAGUAAAGCUAACACCAGACGCUUUCAUUGAGGCGUAUUCAUACACUGGAGUCAAGGAAACAGAAGUCAGAGUCAAGCAGUAUAAGGACUACUUGUCUGGAGCUAUUUUCACCAACCCAGGCCUAAAAGCAUCUGCCGUCAAAUCCAUACGAAUAACUUACCCGUUGGAAAAGUUCUGGACGACGACGUCAAGCGAAGAGGCACCUUACUUGGUGUGGCGUUACGUUAUGACCGAGGACGGUGUGAUCAGAUCGUACCCAGGGAUUCGAGUAAAAGACGACUACGACCACAAACUCAGGCCAUGGUAUCAUCAAGCUAUCGCCCAGAAGACACUGAAUGUUGUGACUGCUCCGUAUGAGGAACUUUGGGGAUCGGGAAAGGUUAUAUCUCUUACAAGGACGAUCUUAAAGGGAGGAUCGAAUUCCGGGAGAAAUAUUGAAGCUACAAUAGGUACAGGGAUUUCAAUAUAUUACUUCAAGCAGAUGCUCGAAAAUCGAUAUCCGAUAUGUACCAACAGAACGAACUACAACUGUAUCGUGCUCGACAACAGUGGCUUCCUUGUAAUGCACCCUUUGUAUAUAGAAACGACUUCGAUUAAGGCGCCGGUUCAUAUAACAUACGUAGAGGGAAGGAUUUCCCGUUCGCUAAUUAAAGAAAACAUAAUGUACAGACAACCGUGUAGAGACACUGGAAACAAAAAGGAACAGUUCACUUACAGGGUGAAACUGCCGGAAGCUCACAUGAAUGGAAUAGUGGACACGGUGGAAGGUUACGAACUGCGGCCAGUACCUAAGUCAAACGUGUUCCUUAUACUCAAAAAGAGGCGGCUUCUUGAUUACGAAGCCUGCUGUACGUCAGGGCCUUAUACGUCACCAAGCUCAAUACAAUGUGGCGCUGGACAGUGUACUUGCCUCUGUUACAAAGAUUUGCCCUUCGACGAAUGCAAGAAUGAAUACAAAAACAUGAAAGGUUUCGUCCCCUGCUAUCCUCAGCUCCCGACCUUGAGGUCAAUCAUUACACCGGAAGCAGACAUGGUCAAAGGUCUACCCACGUGUUUUCCAACAGACUGCGGAUGUCGUAAAACAGAAAGCGAGUGUUUCCGUACGUCAGGCUGCUCAUGGUGUACGAGUGACAAAAACGGAAACCUGGUCAAAGGCUUCUGUGACCUGAAAGAAAUUUGUCCCUCUCAACAAUGUCUAAAGGAUGAAUGCAGUGCCAAAUGUUGUGGAAGCGAGUGUCACUCCGCGGAACAACAGUCAGAUGGUUUACUAUAUGUUGGUAUAUCUUGUGGCGUUGUAGCAGCAGUUAUCAUUUUCAUCAUGGUCUUAAUUUUUAUUCUUCGCAAAAUAAGGCGGGAAGGGAAAGACGAGACCUACAUUGAUCCGACUCAUGACUUCGAUACGACCAACCAACGUCAACCUGCAGGUUUGAACUACAUCGCAUCUCCAAAUUACGUGGGGGUGGAACAAGAUCAACUUCAAAUACAAUGAGGAAAUGACUAAUGAACAUAGCAAUAGCCUUAUAUUUUGACAAUUAACCUGAAUCAUUCUAGCCCUGUGGUUCCUAUUUUCAUUUGAUUUUUGACUUGACCUGUGUUAGUACCUACAUCAAUAUUUCUUGGCAUCAUUUCAGUUGAGUAUGGUCAGGUAACACUUAAUUACCGACGGUGUUACUUAAUGACAAUUAUAUGUAUUUUGGAAACUCAGUAUCAAUCGUUUUCGUUGUACAUGUAUUUAUAGAGAUGUAUUUUUUAACCCAUAUAUUUGAUUUGGUAUAAGCAAUUGAAACCCAUUACGUACCACACGUACCGUAGUAAGUUGUCUGGUAUUUGCACCUGUCACCGACUGUAAUAAUGAACGAGUCUACCUGUAUGUCACAAUAUAUCCAUUAUUAUAUAACAUAUUCAUAAGUAUUGUUUAUACAUACAUGUAAUUAAAAUAUUUUUUUAAAAUUCAAGAAAAUAAUAAAACUAACGAUAGAAAAUAAGAAAACCACAAAAUAAUUUUUGUCAUUACCAAAGCAGCUUCUUUUAAAAAGAAAAUAUAUGUUAUGGUAGUUUUAAAAAACAAUCUUUCCUUGAUUAUUUUGAUAUGAUUCAAGAGCAAAAGAAAA